AUGCAAAAUUCCCAAGCACAAAAAGAAUCAUUUUUAGCUAUCAAUGAGUUAACAUGCAACGAAUCAACAGUUAUUCGAACCGAACUCGGACAAAUGUUGAAGGUUGAAUCCUUUGCAAGAAGAAUACGGCAUUCUUCUACAAUGAUACCUAUGGAAUAUUUUGAUGAUUAUAAUUGCUUGGAGGAUCUGUUGAAUUCUGGACAUAAUAUACUUACUAAACACGAGGCUUUUUCUGUAGGAAUUUUUUAA